AUGAAUUUUAAUAAAUAUCUGCUAUAAUUACCAAAGUUAACUCCAACUACAAUGGAUGAUAGUUAUAGAUAGCUUGGAAUAGUAAAAAAUAAAAGCCCUUUUAGAAUUGAAAAUAGAGAUUUAUUUUAUUUAAUGAACAAAAGCUAAUUUGAAAGUUUGUAUUCAAAUCCAAAAAAAUUAAAAACUGAAAAAUAGCAAUCAUUUCGAAAUCAUUCUUAUAGAAUGCACUCAAGUAUAAAUGAGAAAAAUAGAGAAAUUCAGCAUCAUAACUCAUUUAUAGAAAAUAAUUAGUUGCAUCAAAAAUAAUGGCAAAAAUAAAAAAAUACUAUGAUUACAAGAAGCUUUUAAAAACCUGAAUUCAGAAAUAAAUCAGAGACUUUGUGUUUAGAUAAAAAAAAUUAACCUGAAUCAUAAAGAAAAAUGCAAAAUAAAAGAUUACUAAAAAAUCCUAAAAUUAUGUUAAGAGAAUUAUGGGAUGUAAAUUAUGGAUAAUGA